AUGAUUGCUGGAAGCUGGGCUACCCUUGUUGGACUCUCUGUUCUCCUUGCGCGUUCUGGUUCAGCUUCGGCGGGCGCAGAAUGGACCUUCUUUGACAACGAGUGCUAUGGAACACCAAGCGGAGAGGAAACUUUCCAGAUGAACUUCUUGGGUACAUCACCCCAGUAUACAUUCCCUGGCGGGCACUUCGUUGAAGUGGGCGAUGCAUGCGGUCCAGGAAACUGCUUUGCAAUCACUUAUAAUGAUGAAUGCAACGCCUGUCUCGUCAAGUAUGGCUCUGGUUGCUACAAUAUCGACUUGGGAUGGGAGCCAACUUCUUUCAUGGCAUGUUACGUAUUUGCCCUCAUAUGGGAUCAUCGGCUCCGAAAAGGACUUCGGCUCCCAGAACUCGCUCAGGUUGCCUGCAGUGUCGAGCCCAUCAUCAAAAAUGUGAUGAAAAACGCCCCAAGUGCGGACUUUGUACCAAACAUGAACGAGACUGUCAAUAUGGCACCGUGCUCAAAUGGGGAGGUCGGCCAUUUCACCGGUCACCCUUUGGUCACUAUCUUUUGGAUUCUGUCGCUCAAAUCCAAACAGAACCUGAGGGAAGUCAAGGUAAAGCUCUCGUCCGCCUGGGAAAUCCUUCAUCUACGGAAUAUCCAAACAGGGAGCAAAGACAUCGACAACAGCAACCCAUUCAAGGAGUGCGCAUAUAGUACCUAA